GAGUUCCCUGUUUUCUUCCAGCUGAAGCGCAAACGUCAGUUUGCGUUAAGGCUGUAGAUAAUGUGUGCAGCGAGUGAUUUAAGUUUCAUGUCAAUUUAAUCUCUGACGCCGAGAGUGAUUUCUGCCAUGGCACCAGAGAUGCUGACUGUCAUCGUGGCUUCAGUGUCCUGUGUGGCGUUUUGUUUAGUGAUCCUGAUGCUGGUGGUGGUUCUGUACAGAAAAGAUCCUCUCUGCUGCAGAUUCAGAUCCCACAGGACAGAACACUACACAGAUGAUCCUCCUCAUUACCACAACAGACACUCUUUGAUUGGCAUCACUAACGAGCAGAGUGCUGCCUUGAACCAGGGAGCGAUUGGACCACAGCUGCCUGGAAGGCUGUAUAUAAUAGGGAAGCCAAAUGACUACCACCUGAAUGGGGCUCUGCCGAGGCUGCCGUCUUAUGAGAGCGUUCGGAAGAAGGACCGGCACAGACUCAUCCACAGUAUGAUCUCACAGCGCUUCAGCCUCAGUGCCUGCCACGAUGAGCCUCCACCAACGUAUGAAGAAACCCUUCGCCAGUCCCUUGACAUUUUACCUGCAAACCUGCAUGGUCACUUGUCAGUGCACCCCCAGCAUCACUCCUCAAACCCCAAUGAAGACACUCAAAACCGCAUUCAACCACCCGCAGCACUACAGGGACCGUCAUCCUCCCGAUUUUCAACACAGAGCUCAAUGUUUUUGUCUAUCUGAGAGUUUGUUGCCAAGCCACGGCAUGAGGAAGAGGGCUACUAUUGUUAAAUCCAAGCGAGUGACGCCUUCAGGGACAAGAGAAGAGAUUCUGGAAGGGAAUACUUGUGCAAUGCAGAGCUGUUGAUAGAUCCCUAUGGUCGUCUUUAGAGUAUUCUCUUGAUGAUGACUCUGGCUGUACACUUCACAAAGGUGACAAUGACACUCUUAUGCUUUGUCCAUUAAACUAUUUGCACUGAUUUUUUUAGAGACUGAUUAGGAUAUGUUUCUACCAUACCAUUUUAUUCCGU